AUGGAUAUAUUGAGUGUUUCGUGGAGGUUUUAUGGCUUAUUGGCCGGUGCUUUAUUUCUGAGUUCAUUUGGAGUUUCUGCAUUGGGGACGGUUUUAUCGGUAAUUUUAUGUCUGAUUAUUGGUUUCAUUGCAUUGAUCCUGAAAGUUGGCAAUGAUAAAUCAGAUCAGUUAAUAAAAGAUUUCGAUUUCAUCGCCAAACAAUACCACUUCUCGUCGGGUAUUCCUCGCUUCAUCGCAAAUCCGGAACGUUUUGCAGAUAAAUCCGCAUAUGAGCAAGAACAUUCUAUGGCACAGUCACCCAUUCUCGAUCCCAUCUUGGAACAGAUACUUGGCUAUGUGAUGCGUGAUUUCGUUGAUUGCUGGUAUGGUACAAUCACGCCUGAUCAGUUGUUCAAGGAGAGUUUGAAACGAUCCAUAAGAAGAACAAUUGCUGCAUUUUCACAGUGUAUUCGCAAGGUGGAUUUUGUACCGCUUCUAACGCAGCACAUUGUCGACGAUUUUGCAUCACAUUUGCGACUCUACAGAAAGGCGAAAGAGCACGCACAAUCGGUUUCGGGCGUAAAUUACACAAAUGAUGAAUUAGAGACGAAAUUCUUUGACUUGGAACUGGAAAUGGAGAAGUGUUACUGUAGAGAUCUAGUGUCAACAACGCCACAAUAUGAGAACGCAUACUUGCACGAUGUCAUCGAUAUUCUGUUGUAUUUGUUGAUGCCAAAUGAGGAUUUUCGUUCACGUCCAUUGCGCUUUUUGAUUCGAGAAAUAACCGUUCGUCGUAUAGUGUUACCUGUUUUGGAUAUGUUCAGUGAUCCGGAUUAUAUCAAUCAUAUUAUUGUUUGGUUGUUAAGCGAAGUACAGUUGAGAUCCGAGGAUUUUAUAACAACAUUAGAAACGAGCAAAGAUGUACAAGAGUUGGAAGCUGUACUGGAAUCGCUUUGUGAAGAGGCUGCUGCGUUGCGUGCGAAAGAUACAGGCGGUGAACAAGGUGUGCUCGUCAAGCAGCAGUUGGCCAGUAUCGAGUAUGUGGACGGCGUGAUACGACGUCGAAUGGAGCGUUUAACGUGCACACCAGUUGUCUCCGAACCGCACACUCUGUUACCUUCGUCGAGUGCGAACGAUAACAAUGCCCUUGUACAAUUACCUAUCUAUGUGGUGCUCACCAAUAAUAUUGGUGUCACUUAUUUCACCGACUUUUUGGCAUCUGUCGGUGGCCAAAAUCUUAUCGAUUGCUAUUUGGCUAUUGAGGGUUUUAAAGUGUCUGUUGAGCAUCAGCAACGUGGCUUAGCGAUCGGUGAAACGAUGGAACGUGAUGUUUAUGAGACAAUCAAAGAGGCAGCUUACUUCUUGUUUCAUCAGUAUUUGUCACAAGAGGCAAUUACGCGAGUUUCAUUAGAUGACGCUAUUGUGAAUCGUUUCUUGUCAUUACUUCGCAACGAUGAAUCUCCAGAUAUUUGGUUUGAACGAAUACAAGAGAAAAUCACUGAGAUUUUGAGAGAUGAUGAGCGUUUCUACGCCAGUUUCAAAAAGGAUGUUCUCUACGUGAAAAUGUUGGCUGAAUUAGGCAUCAACUCAGAAGAAUCUGAAACGAAUUAUUCUGGUGGAAGUGAUGAAGGUGCUGUAACCAGUUCAACGAAUCCCACCUUUGAUGAGAGUGACAAACAAGCGGGUAAACUAGAAGAAGGAAUCCAUGUACAUAUUGAAACGUUGGGUAUCGGUCAGCAAGGCAAGCAGACAUUCGCACUAUAUAAUGUACGCGUAUCACGCAUCGAUGCUAAUGGUAAAUGCUUAUCGGGAUGGAACUAUCCGAAAUUGAAUAAUCUUUCAUUUCCUGGCAAAAAAACGUUCAACAAUUUGGAUUCGCAUUUCUUGGAGAAACGUACCAAAGCUCUUAAUAUAUUCAUGAUGAGUAUUUUGAAACGGUCGGUUUUGAGUGCGAAUCCAGGCUUGGAACAAAUUAUUUUUAGUUUUUUGAGUCAGAAAGAUUACGUUGGUGAACGAGAAGGUUUAUCGAAGAAGCUUGUGAACGCCAUGUUCGACCCGAUCAAGUACGGUGUGCGAGUGUUUGGUAAUGCAGUGACGGCCGUGCCGGAUUCGGUCUAUGGAGGUGUCACGAGAAUGGGUGAUGGCUUGAAUAAAGCUGCACAACAAAUCAUUGGCUCUUCUUCGCAGCCCAUUUCGAAUUCGAGCAAUUUGAAUAGUGGCGUUGCAGUGGAUUCGAAUCGUGUAGCUGCAGCGAUUAGUGAUCAGCAAUGGAUGGAAAGUAUACCAUUGAGAGUGCUCGUGUUAAUGAUUGAUGAAGUAUUCGGUGUGAGAGGUCGAAAUGCUUGGUUCCGAAGGCGUUUAGUGGCUUUGUUAAGGCAAUUCGUACACGCAACGAUGGGUUCAUCGAUAAACCGAAAGAUCAUCGAUAUUGUUCAGUGGUUAACAUCACAACAACAAGUUGCACAAUAUUUGGUUGCGUUUAGGAAUUCACUGUGGCCUGGUGGUCAGCUGGCUGAUAGCAGUGAGUGUCGUGGACAUGCAGCGCAACUGAGGACACGUCUCUUGGCGAGAGCUUUAUUGCUCGGCGCUUUACCGGACGAAUUGCGCUUGUUUAUUGGCGCUGAAACGACCAAUUUGGGUAUAAGUAACAUCUCGGAUGCACUUCAGAAUCAGCGAUUGAAUCGUCGUCUGUUGUAUGUGCUCUUCGAGCGAUUAUUAGUCACCGUGUUCCCGGAUAAUCGCUUCGAGAAAAUAUUCCCUCAGCUACACUCUAAAAGUCCUCGAUCGAGAACCUAUUCAACUUGA